UGCUACGUAUUUAAGCCAAAAUGACUGACUCACAGCAGUACCAACAAAUACAAGACUUGAUGAAAGGAACCCUCAGGUAGAUUUAUACAUCAUAUAACCAGCCAUGUCCCACAGCCCCAACCUCACGAGCCACGAUCCCAACGCGUACCGGACUCACGCCUCCUUCGUCUUCUCUGCAGCCAACUCUGCUCCAGUGCUAGGACUGCUCGAUCCCAAGCCUGGGGAAAAGAUUAUAGACCUUGGUUGUGGUACGGGAGAAAUUACCAUUGCCAUCAAGGAAGUCGUCGGACAGCAAGGUACCGUAAUCGGUGUUGAUGCAAAUCAGAGCAUGCUUGAUAGUGCUGCAAGCUCGGGGCCAUCAACUAUCAGGUGGAUACAAGCAGAUAUCCAAGCUGCCCAAUCAUUCUCCAAGGCACAUCCUGAGUACGAAGCUGCUUUCGACGCCGUUUUCACUUCUGCGACCCUUCACUGGUGCAAAGAUUCCCCCGAAGGAGUUGUGCAGCUUAUUCGUUGGCUUCUCAAACCUGGAGGAAGGUGUGGGGUUCGAGCGGCUUUGCAUCAUGCCAUCAGGGCCAAAGGUAUCGACCCAGUCCCUCUCGAUCCAUGGUAUUUUCCUACCGCUAAGCAAUAUGAGAAGGUAUUACAAUCUGGUGGACUAAUACCUUCCAAUGUUCACCUCGUCCCUCGUCCUACACCACUCCCAACAACCCUCGAAGGCUGGCUUGUAACCUUUGCGCGCAAUUCCUUCCUCUCUUCUUUCAGUGAUGAUGAAGCAAAGGCUAUCAUGAAGGAGGUGGUAGGAAUUUGUCGUGUGGAUAAUUACUGGUCGGAUGAGAACCCGGGGACGGGGGUUAAAGGUUCUGGUGAGGGCGGUGAGAGCGGUUGGGAAGUCUUAUAUGUGCGUCUAAGAGGUGUGGGUAAGAAGCCUUGAGGUAGCC